AUGGAUCUCACCUACUUCCCAUUUGACGUGCAAACGUGCGUGGUCGGCUUUGAUACUUAUACUUAUAACUAUUCAAUGGUCACUCAAAAUGGAGCGAUUUGGAGAGAUUUUGAUAAAAGGAUAUUCAAAAGUGUUGAUGAGAAGCUGAUAAAGCUCACUCUUGGCCUUACCACAAUGAUGUCAAUGACCGUUCUCCUCGACUUAGUCUCAAAUCAAAUCCCAAAGACAUCACAGUUUCCAGUGCUAGGAAUCUAUGUAAUAAUUGAUUUCUGUAUCAUUGGAGUUAGCUGUGCAUUGAUUGUGAUUUUGCCGAGAGACAAAGGGUCAUGGAAAGCGAAAGAAGCG